AUGUUAGUUGGUGGUUUUUUACCAUUUUCAGCAAUAAGUGUUGAACUUUAUUAUAUAUUUUCAACAUUUUGGGGUCGUGAACAAUAUAUGUUAUAUGGAAUAUUAACAAUUGUAUUUUUAAUACUUAUUUUAGUAACAGCUUCAAUAUCAAUAUCAUUAACUUAUUUUCAAUUAACUUCUGAAGAUUAUCGAUGGUGGUGGCAAUCAAUAAUUAGUUCAGGAUCAACUGGUUUAUUUGUAUUUUUUUAUGCGAUAUUUUUUUAUUUACAUCGAUCAAAAAUGAGUGGAACAUUACAAACAUUACAAUUUUUUGGUUAUACUUUAAUAAGUUGUUAUGUUUUCUUUUUAAUGCUUGGUACUGUUGGAUUUUUUUCUUCACUUAAAUUUAUUCGAUAUAUUUAUGUUAAUAUUAAAAUGGAUUGA